UCUAGUGGCUCACUGUUCAGUGCACAAUGACUCAAUGAAAAGUGGAGGGGAGAGGCAAACACACUGUACGGCUGCAGGAGAGAGAGAGAGAGAGAGGGAGACACACACACACAGGAGAGUAGAAGAAGAGGAGCCAAUUGGAGGGAGCACUGAAGCCGGGGACAAGAUAGAAGAAGAAGAGGAUAUACUUGUCUUUUUUCCUCCUCUCUUUCCCUUAAAGGCCACUUUGGGAUCAAGUGGCAGCAGAAAACUUCACCUGUGUGUGAACCGCUUCACUUUCUGCACUUGAAGCCAUCUGUCCACUUUCUGAAGAGGUUGUGGUGCGAGUAGUUGGUGGUCAGUCCUCCCAAGAAGAAGAAGAAGGCAGGAAAAGAGAGGUGAUAGGGAUCUUUCAGCUGCUUUCUGCAGUGCAGCAGGAGAGCAGGAUGCCUGCUGGGAGACGCAGGGAUGGAGCCGGGUCAGGAGGCUGCAGGGUAGCAGCGUCCCGGGGUCAGGCUUCUUCUUCGCCGCCGUCUGGGCUGCGGAUGCUGCUGGCGUGGGUCGUCCUGGUGCUGGCGGCAGGACCGGGAGGCGUGGAGGCGUGCCCGUCUCCCUGCAGCUGCCUGGGGAACACGGUGGACUGUCACGGCCUGGGGAUCCACUCCGUACCCAAAAGCAUCCCCAGAGGCACCGAGAGGCUGUAA